AUCCAUUAGAUAGCAAUAUAAAUCAAGGACUACUAGGUUUGGUAGUAUAUUAAUAUUGUAUAGUGGCAAUAAUUAGUUGCGAUUUCACAGUAUAAGACGUUUUUUUCUGGGGCGUUGGGUAUUAUAGACAUAUAAUUUGGGAAAGGAUUUUGCAUUAAAAUAAACGAUAACUAUGAAUUCGAAUGAUAACUUAUUUGAAGAUAUAGAACAGGAUAACAAUCCUUCAUUCUAUGGUAACCAAUCCAUCUUGAGGGAUCCAUAUGGACAUAAUCGGUCUGAUUCAGGUAGUCAAGAUAAUACUUUUGUUAAUAUACCAUCCACUACAGUUAGUAAUGGUCAAGCAGACCAUUCAACUUCUACAGAGUCAGAAUUUUCAGUAUCUACAAGAUCUAAUCCACCUCCAUAUCAACCAAGUGUCAUACCAAAUUUAACUCCAUCUAAUGAUCUUGUUAAUAAUACAAUUGAUCUUUCAAAUAAGAUUAGAGAUUUAUUACAUGAUCCAAAUGUUGAAAUAAAUAUUUUAUCUAGCGAACGUCUAGUUAAUUCAUCAGUAAUUGUUUAUACAAUUCAAUUAGCUUUAAAGAAAACCAAUAGUUCAAUUAUUGUAAAAAGAAGAUAUAGUGAAUUCAAAUCAUUAAGAGAUAAUUUAAGUAAAUUAUAUCCAACAUUAAUUAUUCCUCCAAUCCCAGAAAAGCAUUCAUUACUUUCAUAUUUAAUUAAUUCUAUCAAUAAUUCUCAUGAAAUAGAUAUAAUUGAAAUGAGGAAAAGAUAUUUCAAAAACUUCUUAAUAGAUAUAAUAUUUAAUUCAUCUCCUAAAUUGAAAAAUUGUGCAUUGUUACAUAAAUUUUUUGAUCCUAAUUAUGAAUUGUGUUGGUAUAAUGCCUUGAAUGAACCACCUAUUAAUUUAAUACCAAAUAAUUUAUUAUUAGCUAACCCAAUCAAUACUUCUGAUCAAAAUGGUUUAUAUUCAUUGUUACCAUUAGUAAAUGGAUUUGAAUUUGAAUCAAGUAUUGAUAAUUUACAUUCAUUAAAGAAAGUCAACGAGGAAUGGAAAAAAUUGAGAGAUCAAAUUAUUUUAUUUGAAUAUAAAAGUAAUACUCCUACAUCCCCAAGUUCAACUGAUAAUAAUACAUUUCUUGAAAUUCCAUCUAAUUUAAUUCAAUUUGAAAUUAAAAUGCAUAACAUAAUCAAGAUCCUUCAAGAUUUAAAUAGAAUAAAUUCUAGAUCAGUAAAGAAUUAUAAAAUAAUUAUUAAUAAUUUAAUUGAAUUAGGUGGAAAUCUUAAUAAUUUUUCACUUCAAAUCUUUGAAUCAUCAUCACAUAUAUCAUCUAUUACCAAUUCAAAUGAUAAUAAUAAUUUAAGUCUUGCAAUUGAAAAGUUUGGUUCAACUAUUGAUAGUAAUUUCCUUAAUUUAGAGAAUUUUAUAUUGAAUCAAUUGAUUCCCGAAUGGCAAGAACCCAUACAUCAAUUAACUCAAUAUUAUAUUUCAAGUUUAAAUCUAAUUAAAUUUUAUAAAUAUAAAAUCAUUCAAUUCAAAAUCCUAUAUAAAUUGAAAUUUACAAAGUUUCAAGAGAUAUUGACAUUGACAAAUAUGACAUCAAUAGGUAAUGAUACCACUACUACAAAUCCAUCACCACAAAAUACUACUGAAGGUGAUACUCUUGAUCACUUAAAGGAUUUGAAUAGUCCAUCAUUAGCCAAUGCAAUUCAAAGAUUAGAAAUCAGAAAGAAGAGAGGUCGUUUAACUACGAAGAAUUCGUGGUAUGGAUUAUUUGGAGGAAAUAAAUCAUACAAUUUUACAUUACCACAAGAACCAAAUACAUCAUCAACUGUUGGUAAUAAUAAUCAAUAUAAAUUAAAGUUAAAUCAUGUAGAAAAAGAAUUAGAUAAGUUAGAUCAAUUAGUUGUCCUUUGUGAUCAAGAUAUGGUAAGAUUAACUCAAGAAUUAACGGUUACUUUCACUCAAUUCUUAAAAGAUUUAGAAGGUAAAUGGUUAAAGCUUAUGAUCAAUUAUAUCAAGAAUGGAAAAACCUUAUUUGAAGACAAUCUUGCUAAUUGGCAAGAGUUUAAGGAUUUCUUAACCCAUAAUUAAAAUUAAUUAGUUAAUGAAUUAGUUAAUGAAUUAGUUAAUGAUAAUAUUUUUUUUGCAUCUUCUUUUUGUAUGUAUGUAUGGGAAAUUUUGAGGUCGUGCGCACGACCAAUAUAUUGUUGAAAAGUUAAGGUGGCAAUCGUAUAUAGUUUAGAUAAAUUAAUGUAUGGGUGU